CUCCCGGAAGGAAGACCCCAAUCUUCGUUCCGCACCGCAAUGCCACCCCCUGGCGGUCGCGGACUCGGGCGUGGUGGCGGCAGCGCCACCUUCAGAGUUCCCUUCUCCCGCCGCCACCAAGCCGUCCACUUCAAAGCUCUCAACUCGCGCCGCGGUCGUGGUCGCGCUUCCAACUCCCGCCGCGGUCGCGCUCGCGCUCGCAACUCCCGCCGGGAUCGCUCCGGGGGUCGGCCGCACUCUCCAUCGUGUCAGGAUCAUGCUGCUGGACAAAGACCUGUGUCGAGCUCGAGCAAGUUGAUGGGCACAUUGAAGGAAUCAUCCACCACUACCACUUCCUCGUCCUCUCCGCAGGAUCCACUUCGUGGCACCACAGAGAUAUCGGCAUCAUCAGGGCGCUGCCUUUCCUCAUCUCCUGGUCCAAACAUUUUGAGCCGCGGACAUCCUGAUUGGUAUUUGAAAUUUUACAUCAGGAUCGAUCACUCAAAAUCUUUCCACACAUAUCCUGAUGUGGGUGGACCAUUCGAGAGCUUACAAGCAGCUGAAAAUGCUAUUGACUGCCAUCUUCAUGGCCUCCAGCAUGAAAUGAUGUCCAAGGAAUCAUUAGACAAGCUUUCUCCAAUGGAUCGGCUUAUACGGCAGUCUCUUUACUGGCCUGAUGGCAGAAAAAGGAAAUGUUCAGAAGCAUUUGCAUCUGAGAAUACUCUUACAGAUAAGGGCCAUUUGCUUCAAGCUUUAGUGGACAAGUAUAACGAGGAUCACGAUCUUUUGGGGGAUCUUGCGUAUGAACUAAAAGAUGCUUUGCAUUGUCAAAUAAUGUGGGAGGGCAAGAGGAAUAUUUGGUACUAUCAUUUCAAUUUCAUUACAAAGACAAAAGGAGCUGAUGGCAUUGACAUUCUAUUUUUUGCUGAAGUGACGUGUAUAGAAGGAGAUGAAUUGGCGGUCAGCUGUUGCUGCAUGAUCAAUACUGAUGCUAAUGGUUGCUGCUAUGGUUGUACAAAUAAUGGAAGUGUUGGUAUGAAGCAUCCGAACCAAGCUAAUGCAUACAAUGUUGGUCACCCAGACGGUUAUUUGCCAUUUGGGCAUAGUGGAGGGUGGGAUGCCUCGGAUGAUGAUGCUGAGGAUUUUAAGGACGAGGAGGAUAGAAUAAGACAUAUUUACAAGGGCCUUGAUGAUCCAGAUACACUGAAGAAAAUUUGCACACCCUCUCCGUAUGCUACAGCUACGUUCUAUUGAAGACUAAGAGGGUGGCGUUGUGGAACAUCUUAUGCCCUUGAACUUUCUUGUGACUGGACACCUGGUUUUUUUCUCGAACGAAUUUUCUGGUAACUGACCGAAAACUGGAAAUUCCGGUUACCCCUGAGAAAAUUCUGCCCAUGGAGGCAGCAGAUCGUCAGAAA